CUACCGCAAUCAUUUUCCAUGUGCCACAGAGAUGUUUUCGUUUAGGACACAUACGUCAUCUCAUCAAUAACAGGGCCAAGUUCUUCUAGAAUGUCAGGGGCUGUCAUGCUUCUCCGAUGUUUUCCGAAUGCCCUUUUCGUCGAACGCUUGACAAAGCAACAUGCCGUCCAGCAAGCCAAGGAAAGAUCGUCGGAUGACGCCUUCUCGCGAUCCGAAAGAAUCUUGUUCCAGGCAACCAGAGUGCCACAACAUCCGGCUAGAACAUCUCCUAUCCCUCCAGAUCGCUUCAGUCCCCCUUUUUCUCUACAUACCAUUAUUGGCGUCUCAGAAGUGGAAGACGCAUGUCGAAUGUAGUCCACCGCACCCUUCUCGAUGAUCCAGCAUUGCUCUGGAAGGUCCUUAGUCGUGUACCCACUGUCCAAAAGGCGUUUCAGUUCCAUAGCGUUGGGGGUGAGAAUCACCGGAGAAUCAUUCGAUAAGAGAUUUUCACGAUAUUUUGGCAAGGUCAAUAAAAAGAGACCGUCGGCAUCAAUGACUAACGGUAAAUUAUGCCGAGAUUGCGCUUUGCGAAUAAUUCGUGCCGUUGCUUCCAGAACUAGGGGGCAUCGACCGAGGCCGGGCCCCAACACCAAAACGUGAAUUUUGUCCAUCAUGCUACAUACUUCCUCCACCAUGUUUUCGACAAGUUCCUCUAUGUCUUCGUCAAAACCUUCACUCGGUAUAAAAUCGAAUUCUUGUUGUUUCUGACGACGGGCGGCGUUGUCGAAUUCAUUUGCUUUGUACACGGGGGCAACCAUAAGUUCUGGCGAAUAGGACUUGAGGGGGAUGGUCGCCUCCUCGGCACAGAAGCAAAACGCCAAAUCGGCACCGCAUUUUAAGGAGGCCAUUGCCGCAUAAUAGGGUGCUCCCGUGUAGCGCGCAGAUCCCCCCAAUACCCCGAUACGGCCCGAGCUUCCCUUAUAGGAAGAGGCUGAGAGCGGGACGACACACCUUUCCAGCGCUUUUUGCCGGGCCGUCGUGUCUUCCGACCACGUUGUUCCGGCCGCAUUAUUUGCGUUGUUGGCAGCACUUCGCAACGACGAAGAAGUGGACAGAGGCGUCAUUUUAACGGAAAAUGGGGCAGCUGCUGGUAUUCGAUUGAGCCCAGAAAAACUCUCAACAUGAUCAGCAGUUAGGUUGAGGAAUGCGAACAACUUCGUAAGCUUAUUUACUGAAAAGUUCCCUCUGGCGAAACAUUGACUGUUUUGCAUAGACCUUGUGAUCAUGACGCGAUCGUCAACCUCCUUCGUCUCAACACUUUUUGUGAUAUAUCUGUGGAGGGGUGUUUAAAACGAGAACUGGAACUUUCAGCAUGAAAAUAAUUUGAACUGGAACUU